AUGUCCCCUGACUGUGCAAUGUGCAACAACCCCGCCACCCACCGUUGCUCCAGCUGCCUUUGUCGCCCCCUCUACUGCAGCAAGUCCUGCCAACGGGCUGACUGGAAACUCCACAAACUUCUCUGCAGCUCUCGACCCUCAUUCGAAUCGCCCCCGACACCCUCCUCGCGGCGCGCAAUUGUCUUCCUCACGAACGGCGAGAUAAAUUUCACUUGGGAAACAACCGAAAUGAAGACCGACGAUGACGACGGUGUCAGAUGGGAGUCCCCCGUCGGCCUUGAAAAGUACUUUGGUGGCGAGUGGCCAGGUUCACAGAAGUACUAUAAUAACGUAGUGCGCGGGCGCAGGCUCAAGGAAGAUAUCGAUCUGCGUUUCAACGAUGAUUUUUUGGUGGACGGCUCAGAGAAGAAUUUGGCAGUGUGUAAAGUUGUGCAGGGCAUGGAUGAUGGCGGGGCUGUAUGGCGGGCUCCCUUGGUGGCGUUGAAGCAGGCAAACAGUUGGCAUGAUAAACAGAGAUUGUCGCCAAACUCGUCACCUGGGUAUGGACACAUGGAUAUGGGAGAUUUUAGGGAGGUAGUGGACUAUCUGACAAGUUGGAAACGAACGACAUCGAGACAUAGUGUGGUAUCGUGGUCCUUGGUCAAAGCCCUAGUUAUUCCUUGA